UCCAGUCGCCAUGGAAAGAUACGACUUUGCCCGUGAAUUUAUUUAGCCUGAUAACGUGUUAGUAAGUCACAUACAUGUAUAUGUCAGUUUAAAGCCAGACUAAAUCGGCAAAAUAUAAUCUUUUUACCCUCAGGUAAAGUAUAGACAGGAGGCUGAUAUUCAUCCCUCAAGCUCCCAGGGAUCCCUCGACCUGCCCCGAUGAAGGCCGUGCAAGACGAUGACCUCCUGGAAGAGGACUCCCCUCCGGACAAUAGGGUCGUUCAGACGAACCAGUACAGCUCCAUCUCUCCUCCUGCCUCACCUGUGGCAGACGAAGAGCCCUUUUCCACAUACUUUGAGGACAAAGUGGCCAUUCCCGAGGAUGUCAACCAGGUGUUCAGUUUUCGUAAACUCUGGGCUUUCACUGGACCAGGGUUCCUGAUGAGCAUUGCUUACUUGGAUCCUGGAAAUAUCGAGUCAGACCUGCAGUCUGGAGCUAAAGCUGGCUUUAAGCUCCUAUGGGUGCUCCUUGUAGCCACCAUCAUUGGGCUGCUGUUGCAGAGGUUAGCUGCACGUCUGGGGGUUGUCACAGGAAUGCACUUGGCUGAAGUCUGCAACCGCCAGUAUCCUACCGUCCCACGAAUCAUCCUUUGGCUGAUGGUGGAGUUGGCAAUUAUUGGCUCAGACAUGCAGGAGGUCAUUGGCUGUGCAAUAGCUCUCAACCUUCUCUCUGUGGGCAGGAUUCCACUGUGGGGAGGAGUCCUCAUCACCAUCACAGACACAUUUGUGUUCCUCUUUUUAGACAAAUAUGGCCUGAGGAAACUUGAAGCUUUCUUUGCCAUACUCAUCACAAUAAUGGCCAUCAGUUUUGGUUAUGAGUAUGUGCUUGUGAAGCCAGACCAAGGGGAGCUGCUAAAGGGGAUGUUUGUACCUUACUGUGAAGGCUGCGGGCCUGUUCAGCUGGAGCAGGCGGUGGGAAUUGUGGGCGCUGUCAUCAUGCCGCACAACAUCUACCUGCACUCAGCUCUGGUCAAGUCUCGUGAAAUCGAUCGCAGAAAUAAGAAGGAGGUAAAGGAGGCCAACAAGUACUUCUUCAUAGAGUCGACUAUCGCCCUCUUCAUCUCCUUCCUCAUCAACGUCUUUGUCGUAGCAGUCUUUGCUCAGUCUUUCUUCAAUAAAACCAAUAUGGAAGUGAAUGCUAUGUGCAAUGCAACCGGCAGCCCUCACUCAGACCUUUUCCCUCUAAACAACGGCACACUUGAGGUGGAUAUCUACAAAGGGGGAGUGGUCCUGGGCUGUUUCUUUGGCCCUGCCGCCCUCUACAUCUGGGCUAUAGGCAUCCUCGCAGCUGGACAGAGCUCCACCAUGACAGGCACUUACUCCGGCCAGUUUGUUAUGGAGGGCUUUUUAAACCUGCGGUGGUCCCGUUUUGCGCGUGUGCUGCUGACCCGCUCCAUCGCCAUCACGCCUACUCUGCUGGUAGCCAUUUUUCAGGAUGUGCAGCAUCUGACGGGGAUGAACGACUUCCUCAAUGUGCUGCAGAGCAUGCAGCUUCCAUUUGCUUUGAUCCCAAUUCUGACCUUCACCAGUCUGACGUCCAUAAUGAACGAUUUUGCAAAUGGAUUGGUGUGGAAGAUUUCCGGAGGCAUCGUCAUCCUGAUGGUUUGCGCAAUCAACAUGUACUUUGUGGUGGUUUAUGUGACGGCGCUGAACAGUGUGCUGCUCUACGUCCUGGCUGCACUCCUCUCUAUUGCCUAUCUGUGCUUUGUAGGCUACCUGGCAUGGCACUGUUUGGUUGCCCUGGGGGUUUCCUGUCUGGACUUUGGUAGCAGGAUUCAAAUGGGACCAUCACGUCACACGGACAUUUACUUGCUAAAUGACAUGGAUACGGACACUUUGGUUGAAAGAUAGGAGGAAACAUUGUGAACGAAUGUUGAACUGUGGCGGAGGUGUCUGAAGAACACUGACAGAAGUGUGGGAACACUGAAGCUCGGCCAGUAUGUCUUUAUCUUCGCUUCUCGGUGCCUGAGGCUUUUUAAAGUGUCCUUGCAAUAUAUAGUACACCCAAAAAAAUCAGGGUUUUUUUUCCAUCGCAAAUAUCUCUCCAACUUCAGCCAGCAACAUGUUGCAGUAUGUGUGUCGAAAAAUAUUUAUGCCAAAAAUGGUUGGAUAUCUGGGCUAUAAAGACACAUGUCUGAGAUAUUGAAGUGUCUGUGACAUAGUAAACCUAUUUUUGAUAAAAACAAUUUCACCUCAUGGUCCGUUAUAUUAUGUUUGUCCCUGUUGGCCUCUCCAAACCUUUCCACUAGAGACAGUGGCAGUAAGCCAUCCAGACACUACAGUUAUGAUCACUUCCCCAUUAGAAAUCGCACAACAAUUAACCGUCUUUUUGAUAACAUUCAGAUGCCAGAGUGAUACGUUCAGAGUUCACAGUUGGCUGUUUUAGCCAGUGUUGCACUAGAGAAACUUUGGACCACCACAGGCUGCGCUUUGGAGGAGUCUGUGUUUUAUUUUCAUGUUUCUAACCUUUGCCUUUUUUGAGGCUUACCUGUCAUGAUAUAAAAAAAGAAAAGAAAAAAAUCGUUUCAGAUUUUGACUCUCCCCCACAAUGAGAAGAACGUAGGUACUAAAAGAAAAAGUCUGAUGUAGAUGCUUUGCUAUUAAUUAACUUAAAGGAAAACUCAAACACGAAAUAAGUAGUUUCCAGCUGCCUGUAACUUUAUUAUAUUUUAUAAUAAAAUAAAGUCAUUUAAAGCAUUCAUCUUGAUGUUUAUAUUAGAUUUAUAAAUUAUUAAUAUAUUUAAUAUCGACAUAUCACUUAUGUGAGUUUAGUCACACUUCCCCCUUUUUUAUACUAUAUAAGAGAAUGACAGUUUUAUGUCAUUCAUUCUCUUUGUGUGCAGUUAAUGCAAUAUAUUUUCUGGAUAUGGGAAUUAUUGUCCGACUGUACGCUCUUUGUAUUUCCAAUCUUUUUUUUUAAUUUCCAAGUAUACAUUUCUAUGCACAUGUAUACAUUCCCUAUGAAUCUGCUGUACAUUUAAUGUGAGUGCUGAUAGCAGUCAUUUGAGUUUGUUCAGACUGUCAGGAGCUUGCACAUUUGAAGAUUAUAAUUUGGUAUUCUAUUAUUCUUUAUUUCUUAAAUUUCGCUCUCAGUUAAGCUUAGGUCAGUUUAUUUUAAGAUCAGUUUAUUUAUGUGUAGUUUUUUUUUUUUAAUGAUAGUUUGGCUUGUAAGUAGUUUUAUUAGGUGUUUAUUUUUCUUUUUGAAAAGUUUUACAUUUAAUUUCUGGACUGAAUAUGGAGUAAAGGUUAGCAGUUGGCAGUGUGGCACAAACAGGUGAGGUAAACAUGAGAAGAAAAGUACAGUGUUGCAUCAUGGGUAGCAGCAUGAAACAUGUUCACUGUAGCUCCAUCUCAGGGCUUCCCGUGUCUGUGUGAUUAACUCGACUCUGGUGCACCAGCAGUGUCAGAAGAGUUUGUAACUGUUCAAAACAUGAAUGUGUGACUGUUUCAAGUGUGCUAAUAUGUGCUAAUAUGACAGAUGCCUCUAAUUGUGACACAUUUUGAUAUUUUGCAUGUCCUCUUGUGCUCUUAAAUGAACUUAAUUAGUAUAGUGUUAUUGAAAGGAAACAAAAAUACAGAGAAAAAAACUAGACAAGGAGAUAAUAACACUAAACAUUUUUAGAGGUUUAGUGUGCACUUCUGGUUUGGGCUGUAACAUAAACCAAACCUUUUCUUUGACCAAAUAAUAAGCUGCACUUCUUUUUAAUUUCUGUGCAGACGACCUCAGUGCCUCCUGUGUUCACCACUGUGCCUCGUUUCUGGGAUCUGUGGGACACUAGUCGAUCAAAAACAAACUCAAACUUAUUGAAGAAACUCACUGUUGCUGGUAGAACAACACAACUGUAAAAUGGGUUAAUUAGAGUCAGUAUAAGAGCAUGUGAACAGUUGUUAGUCUAGAGGCCGUUAAAGAGGUGCUGAGUAUUCCCAACUGUGCCUGCCACUGAUAAUUUAAUAUCCCCAUCAGAAGAAAAAUGACUCGCCCACCGCCAAUGGCACUUCUUGAAAAUGGUAAAUAUGAGCAGCUUCUGUAUGGUUUGUCUCAUUAAAGAAACUGAUCUCAAUAUAUUUUCUAAUUAUGUUUUUUUUAUGUCAGCCAAGGUGUUCUGUAUUUGCCAUCAUACAUGUUUUUCUUGAGAAAUGUUUAUUAGUAUUUAUUGUAUAAUUCCACUUGGAGAUGUGUAAAAUUGUGAGCUUCUCGUGAAAAAUUUCAGUUUUGAUCCACAUUAAUAUUUAGAUUUUUGCAACUUAAAUGACAAAUCAUGCCAAAUGUUAAAAGGAAAUUGUACAAAAUACCUUUUUUGUAAUUUAACUUUUUUAAACAACUGAAUAGUACUUGAUGUCAAAAGAGAUGGGCUGAGGUGUAAUUCAAAUAAUAGAAAUUGGCACAAGUUGUAUGAUAGGCAGCCAUUAAUGGGAUAACAAAAAAAAGAAGCUUAAAAUAUUUUAUGUUUGUGUUUUUAAAGCAGCAUUCACAGAACAUGUCCCUUCAGGACAUUUGCUUCCAGCUAAUUCCAUUUAAAAACACAGGGCUGACUUCAGUUAUUGAUCACUGCAUCAUGUGUUGCAUUUCAAAGUAAAAGUAUUUGUAAGAGACCAUUUUCUGACUUGCUGUAUUCAUUUAAAUGAGAAGCCCUCCAGCGUUUCAUACACCAGGCCAUAUAUCAGGUUUUGACCUAGUCUGGUUUCUGAAAUCAUCAUUUUAUAUGCUGAGAGGUCCAACCGAAGAGUGGUUCUCUGAUUUGUGUUACUAGGUUUUCUGUUUUAAAUUGUUUUCCCUGUUUUAUGUAUUUUUUUCCCCUAUUUGAAUAAAUAAAAGUAAAAAAACAAGAUUAUUUUUUGU